AUUUGUGGUAAGAUAGGUUCUUCUGUCAGGUGUUUUGUCUAGUAAUCAGAAACCAGUUGAUGUGUGAAAAGAUGGCUGGGGUUAAUUUGUCAAGUCCAGAUGUUGAAGUCCAUCCAGAAAAGAGGGUUCCUUUUACAAGAGCUGAGUUGAUCCAACUAAAAGAUAAAAUUUUUGAUGAAUUUUAUAAUCACUUCAUGAAUAAGAAGAUUUAUUCAGUUGGCAAAUGCACCCAGAGGAAAGUUUCAUCUGCCCCUUUGGUUUCUAAGGCAAAGAAGACAGGUCAUCUGCCCUUUUCACCUGAAAUAUUGGAGACAUUAUUUGAGCAAACAGUUGAGCAACACUGCCAACGUUCAAAAUGGUAUAUUCUUGAUACUACGAAAUUUGUACCCAGUACUGAAAGCAUCAAAGAAGCCAGGCAAUCAACAAUGCCAGCAUGUGCUGUGUGUAAGAGAGUGCAUUAUCCUCAGUGUCCUAAUUAUAACGUUAUCCGAGCCAUUCCAUUCACAAGAACUCAGUUGAGUGAUUUUGGAAAAGAACUUCUGGAUAAAAUGUACAACCAUAUGAUGUAUUUUAAGAUCUACAAAGUAUGUGUAAAUAUUAAAGGAAGAAGAAGUCUUUCAGACACUAUUUUCAAUCAGAUCAAUGCAAUUAAGCAGAAAAUUGAAACCACAGAUUCACACUUUUUGUCUUACCGUUUCUAUCCAAUUUCAGACAGGAUAGUUACUGAGGUCUUUGACAUGCAAGCGAAACAAAAAUGCAGUUACGGAAGGAUGUAUGUAGAGUCGUCCAGUUCAAAAGACACAACCUUAAGCAGUGAUUCUAGCUAUUCAGAAAACCACUUGUGUGAGUACUGUCACACAUGUACUCCUACAAGUGGAAGCCUUGUGGAGAGCUCGGAUGAAUAUGUGAUUUCCGAACACAUCAGCAAGUUUAAACCAGCCAUCGGGAGUGUAGUAAAUUACAAAUUGUUUUCUAAACUUGUAUUUCAGAAGCUCAUACAAGCUAUAAGUGAAAGAAGUAAGACUCCAAUAGACUUGGACGAAGCUGUAGAUAUCGUCAAAGGUUUAAACAAAUGGCAACUAGAAGAAAUCUGUCCCUUUGAAUUAGACGCACUUAAUCAUAACACGGUCAAACAUUUGCACACUGAUUUGCUCAAAGACCUCUGUAAGGACUUUGGCUCUGUACAGUUGAUAAAAGAUAAAAUUCAAUCAGAAAGAAACAUUUUUGAGACUGCAACUAUAUGGUUUCUACAGAGACGCCUAUCUAAGUAUAAUUCCCAAUCAAAAAUAGUAUACAACGUGACACGUUUUUUUUCAUCUGUUGUUGACGCUAUAGCCAAGCCUUUUGUUGCAUGCUUUAGAUGCUUCAAGAAGUCACCGUGCGUAAAUAAGUGUUUUAAUUUCUCUUGUCUUUGUAUAUAGCAACUGUAAGGACCAGCAGAGUAAAGUUACCGCUGUUUAUAGUAAUUAUGUUUAAGACCACAUGCCUUUAUUUUGAUAGCUUUCUAAGGAGUGGAAGUAGGGUAACGGAACCAGCUCAGUUGGACAAAAAGGUAGAACCGGAAUGACUUUGGCAACACAGAGAAAGGAUGACGAAAAGAGUUAAAAGGCAACCUAAGCUUAGCUUCAGUCGAUAGGGGAACAAGAUUAGGACUGAGGUCUGUGCCAGACAUCAACAACACCAUCUGUGGCAAUGGAUUUCACCAGCUGCAGCCUGCACAUGCCUUGGCCCGAACUGAUGACGUCUAUGGCCUGCGACUGUCAUAAUGUUUUUACCUUUUUUAACAAUCAA